AUUAUACAUAAUUUCUCUAAUCUGUGGUGUGUACUUAAUUUGUUUAUUUAUUUAAUUUUGGAACUUUAUAUUGUAAUAUUUUCUGUUUUAAUAUCUAUUAGUAUUCUCAGCAUUCUAGAAGAAUAGAUGUAUUGAUUUGCUUUAGACUUUCUAAUCUGUGAUCUGCACGUACAUCAGAACACGGAGUAAUUAAUAGUUUAAAAGGAAAUAAUCAAAUGAUUUUUCAGUUGUCCAUAAGACAGAAAAAGACAAUUUUAUAAGUUUUGUGGUCUUCUAUUUGUAUAAACGUGUGAGUUCUGAAGAUUGUAAACUUGUUACAAAAAAAUAGAGCGUGUGGACAAGACACCGCAAUGAACGGGCCGGAGACGGACGGCGCGGCGGUGGACGCCGCCGGCGGCGACACGCUGACGGCUGCGCAGCGCGCGCGCUGUGAGCGGCAGCGGCUGCGGGCGCGCGCGCUGCGGGACGCUCGCCUGCCGCAGCGGCCCGGCGGCGGCGGCGGCGGCGGCGGCGGCGGCGGCGGCGGCGGCGGCGGCGCGGCGGCCGGCGGCGGCGCGCUCGCGGGCCUCGACUCGGGCGGCGGCUUCCUGCUCGACGGCGCCGAGCCAGCGCCGCGCUUGCGCGCGCCGCCCGCGCCGCUCGUGCACGCCUCCGAGCAGCCGCACUGUCUGCUCUGCGACCGGCCCUUCCCCCAGUCCUUCCUCUUCGACUCGUUCGACUACCACGUCUGCGACGCUUGCAGGGACGACGAGGAUGCGCACGCGCUGAUCCCGCGCACCGAGGCCAAGAGCGAGUUUCUCCUGAAGGACUGCGACCUGGACGCGCGGCCGCCGCCGCUGCGCUGCGUGCGGCGCCGCAACCCGCACCGGCCCGGCCACGGCGAGAUGCGGCUGUACCUGCGCGCGCAGGUGGAGGAGCGCGCGCUGGCCGUGUGGGGGUCGGCCGAGCGGCUGCACGAGGAGCGCGAGCGGCGGCGCGAGGCGCGCGAGCUGCUGCAGCGGCGGCGCGCGCAGCGCCACCUGCGGCAGCUGCGCAUGGACGUGCGCUCGAGCCUGUACGACCGCUCGCACGCCGCGCACCAGCACCGCUACGGGCCCGAGCGGCCCGCCGCCGACGACGACGACGCGUACGAGCGCGCCUGCCUCGACUGCGGCCACGUGCAGACCUAUGAGAAGAUGUAGCUCCGGCGGCGCUUCUACGGUCCACCGUUGUGCAGCGCGACAAGUACAAGAGCGAUAUAUAAGUUACAAAUACGGAGCGUGCUAGACAAACUACAAGUUCGCUGUCGCGUUACUCGUGCGAUUUAGGUAGUCUGGUAAAACGUAGGCACCGAUGCUGUGUAUGUAUCCCCACGUUGCCUAAUCGCUGCGAAGGAAUAUGAGAUAUCUGUACGUCAUGGUGACUCUCUGUCGGUGUCUUUGAUCUAUUUACUUGAAACUCCUGUGAUAUGAUACUACAUAAUAUUAGUUUUAAGCAACAUUUUCCAAACAUUGUUUUAUAGUAAUUGUCGGCCUGCACUAUAUUUAAUAUGAAUAACAGAUGGAUUUAAUCAUAUUUAGAAUAAUUGUUUUUAAUUCUUAGAGAAAUUUGCACCUAAUACUACUACUAAGGCUAAUAACAUAUGCUAGUAAUAUAGGUAACUAAACCAAACAUUGAUCGAUGAAAUUGAAACGGGAAGAUCGAGACUUUCUAUAUGUAUAAAUUAUUAUUUAAAUUUGCUAUUUUCUAAAUUAUUGAAAAUAUUUUUCCAAAUCUAAAUAAAUAAAUUUCGAUAAAAACGCCUCCAAUGGUCAAGGGCAGUAAGUUCGCGAUGUCUGUCGAUACUGUCCCGCUUCAAUAAUCGACACUACACACGCACACGGGUUCAUAUUGUGAUAGAGCUACUUACAUUUUAGUUAUGUUGAAAAAAAACCUACAUUCCUAGUGAGUAACAUAGAUUGUAUUUAUUUUGAAUAAAACUUGCGAAACCACGACGAA